CCUUGCGCUGCGCAAGCUUUUUAUUCUGGAUUCUGGUGACGUCACAAGACAAAUUAACGGGGGUGCUGGAUGGCCUGUAUACGGAGCUGCUGUCUGCACGCAGCGCCCCACCCACCAACCGCAAAAGGCGCUCCGCUCGCCCUUCGCCCAGCUCGAGGCUACGACGUCAUCAGCAGAGCGCCGCCAUGCAGCUGGAGCAGCUAGUGGGUGAGGGCAACGGGGCACGGCCGGGGCGGGCUGCUCGUCUUCGAAGAAGGAUCACGGGCGGUGACGGCGGCGCAUGGAGGUAUGCUUGCAAUGAUACGGCUGAUAUAGCUGUUUGGGGUCGGUCUGAUCCGCUGUCAGUGUUUGCAUUUGUUGUGAUCACCCCCAGCGGUAUGGUCCGUCGGGGUCACGGUCGAAGCUUAGAAUACAGAUAAAACACUCCAGUCUAGUUUACGUAAUAUUGCUCAUUCGAUUCGCUGAUUUACUAGAUAACGGUUGUAGGAUCGCGAUGUAUAAAUGACAGUCGGUGCCACUUUUAAUACGGACCACAACUAACCGUUAUCGACAUUAAAGGACAGGCCGUGAAACAUUUACCUGCCCGAAAAAAAGCCAGUUUCUCGGUAAGGCGGUCCCCCAGAGCAGGGUAUUCGAUCGAGUGGAUUAUAGGGUAUCGAUCGAGCUCUUUUGGGGUACUCCACUGUUGGCAAUGGCGCCGUAACAAAAUAAUGGGAAGAAACCGUCCUGGAGAUGGCCGCUUCUGGGUAUAGUUCUCUCUGGAUUGACACUUUGACAAGAUUGCCAGGCGCAGGACAUUAGUUGAAUUUAAAUUGCGAUUAAACUGAUCGCGCACAGCGAUGGUCCAGAUGUGCCCUGCUCGCUAUGGACGCCCGUAAACAGUCAUAUCUGGAUGCUGAAGGGCUGCUGAUUCGUCGGUUCGUAGCUCCGUGCAGAUUCCCCGUUGCCCGAGGCACACAGAGCGGGCUCGGUGCUCGGAGGCGCCCCGACCAAACGCCAAAGAGCAGGCCGGUCUUUAAGGUGGCGGGAAGGUCAGCGCCGCCGAGCAUGUGCGCCGAGUCCAGGAGGUCACUUAAAAUGCGCACGAAGCGAGCGACGCGCGUCUGCUAAACGCGGCUUUUGCAUGCCGCAUGUGUGUCGUCGACUGCUGCUUAGAGACUUACAGCACUUUUAAAUGCAAUACGCAGUACUACGCCAGUUGUAAAGGUUCUUAUAAUCGCGGUCCGGGAGUUCUGUCACAUAUGGCGGGGGCAAAUGUACCAUUGUAGGUGGAAGUAGGUGCCAGGGUGCUCUGAUCGCGCUCCUCCGCCCCCACUUCGUGUCAGGCACAGGUGUGCAGGCCUCCAGCCCCAGGCAGCAGGGAAUAAGGGUUAAGGUAUGGACACCCUGCCGAACAAAAAGGUCUGCUCCAGAAUGAAUGUGUGAAGAAGGUGUAGUACUGCAUGACAAGCUGUGGAACAGUCUGCCCAUGGACAUUUGAUCAGCCGGCGGUGUGGACUCUUAAACGGCAUCUGAAAACUUAUUUACUGACCAUCUUCCUGCUGAUGUUUGAAUAUCUUUGUUUUUUUUCCUUUUGAAGCACUUCAUUCCAGAAAGGACACCAGCAUUGAAAAUCUGACUUGUACAACUCCCUGGACUGAAUUAACACAGGGACGCUCCUGUCCCACGCGGGCCCCGCAUCCCGACUUCCGGAGACCGACCGUGUGGCCGAAUCGCUGGUGUUACCGCGCCCAUGGUGGUGGGUACCAUGGUGUCAGAGACUCGGCAAGGGACUCGCGGGUGCGAGGCGCCGAGCGGCGUUAAGCACUACGCCUGCGGCUCCUGCGCCGCCUUCACCAACAUCGUGAUAACCUUCCCCAUCCAGAAGGUCCUGUUCCGGCAGCAGCUGUUCGGCGUGCGUGCGGGCGAGGCCGUCCGGCAACUGCAGAGGGACGGCUUGCGGAACCUGUACCGCGGCCUGCUGCCUCCUCUGCUUCAGAAGACCACCACGGUGGCCAUCAUGUUCGGCCUGUACGAGGACAUGUCACGACUGCUGCCGCGACCUGCCGGCACCCCGGGGCUGCUGACCGAUAGCGUCGCGGCCGUGCUAGCGGGCAUCGCCGAGGCGACCUUGACCCCCUUCGAGAGGGUCCAGACGCUGUUGCAGGACCAGCGGCACCACGGCCGCUUCAAAAACACCGUCCACGCGUUCCGGACGCUGGUGCAGGACCAUGGUGUGCGCGAGUGCUACCGGGGCAUGGUUCCCAUCCUGCUGCGGAACGGGCCCAGCAACGCACUGUUCUUCGGCCUCCGCGGGCCCAUCAAGGGUAGCCUCCCCGAGGCUGAGACCCAUGCCGCCCACUUGGUCAACGACUUCAUCUGUGGCGGCCUUUUGGGAGCCAUGCUGGGCGUCCUCUUCUUCCCGCUCAACGUCCUGAAGACUCGCAUGCAGUCGCAGGUGGGAGGGGACUUCCAGUCCUCGCUCCAAGUCCUGCGCACCAUCUGGAGUGAGCGGGACGGCAAACUGACGCACCUCUACCGGGGGGCGCACCUGAAUUACCACCGCUCCAUCCUGUCUUGGGGCAUCAUCAAUGCCACAUACGAGCUUCUCCUGAAGCUCAUGUGACCCGGCGUGAGAUGGUUGGAUCACAUUGUCCCUAUUAAAUUUUCAACAAUCAAGAACAAAAUGUUGUCAUGAAGAUGCUUGUGGUCUGUCACCAUUAUAGCAUCUGUGCCCCCCCAUCCAUUGUUCUGGGCUGGACCGGGUCAGUACCAUUUGGGUCGGUUGCACCUGUAUGUUCCCCUUGGCCUUCAUUUUUUUGUGCGGGGGGGGGGGGGGGUGGUCAGAGCCCAGUUGACUGCAAUGACCCAACCGCCAGAAAACAGUCCCUGCUGACGACCACUUUUGGACUAGGGUCUCCAUGUUGGCAGCUCUGUCAUUUCUUUGGUGAUGGUUUCUCUGUCAGGGAAUAGAACUCCAUCCAUUCUCUGAGCUUAUACAAAGCUUUAAAGCACAAGGAGGUGGGGUCAGGGUGCUGUCAAUCACUCUGUAUUAACCAAUAAGGACCAAUUGGUGAGUGAGAGCAUGUGAUGACUGAGAGCAUGUGAUGACUGAUGUAUCACCCUGAGCAAAGGCUACAGGCAAAAAUCCAUCCCUGUUGGUUUUAUAGGUGCCCAUCUAUCUAACAUUGGGCAGACGGAAUGCGGUUUGGGUUUGGUGGCCUCUGUAUUGGUACCAGUGUGCCAGCAAGCCCUCAGUCGUUUUCUCGAAGGCCGUUUCCUUACACUCAGACCUAUAUGCAUUGAUGCAGUUCAUCUAUUUGAAUGAAUGAAUGAAUGAUUUAAUUAAUUCAUUUAUUCUCCUUAACAACCUAGGAUGUCAGUACCAACGUUUGUUUAAUCCCAACAAGACAACAGUAAUGCACAUCACACUGUCUUGAGUAUUGACAUUAAACAAUAUUGUUCCUUUAAAAGCCAUCUUUGUUUGUAUAUAAAAUACAUGAGUUAUGUUCCUUAAUGUGGCAAAUUUGUACUCUGAUGCUUCUCAGUGUUAAUCAGGCAUUCGCACCUGGCUAUUAAACAGUGUUCCAUUCAGAAGUCAGCGGUUAGGACGACGUGAACCUGUGUUUGAAACGCAGAUGAAUUCAGUGGAAAUGCAGCCAUUUGCAUGUGACUUGUUCAUCUUAAUGAAUCUGGGUGUUCGGAAGGCUUAAAUGCGCGAUUGCAUUUAGAAGAAUGCAGCACAUUUCUGGUUUAAAGAACGAAUGUGAUUGUAUCUGUGUUUAAAUGUGACGAUUAGUUGUCACGGCAACACUGGAUUCAUUUUUAAGUCGGUAAAUACAUUAGUAAACCACUUAUGUGGAAGUGGGAUUUGUAAGACUAUUGUUGGCCAAAAUAGCAGAGUCAUUUGGAGAAUCAUAGUUGGGGGGUGGUUUGGACCUUGGAUAGAUGAUGGGGGUGGUCUUGGACCACAAGUGAACUUUAGGUCUUCCUGACAGGCAAGUCAUGAUGAAUUAUGACGUCAGUGAAGUGUUUACUUAAAGGGCCAUGCAGCUGAAUACAGCCCAUGCUACUGAGGUUCUAGGGAUUGACUGUCUGGUUACAGCUUUGAUUUGUCAAAAUGACAUAAUUAGGAAAUGUCUCCCAUCAGUGGAAGAAACGCAUCGUGAGUUAAAUGUGCCUUCACUUAUGAAAGACUCCAUGCUGGAGAAGCAAAGCUGGGACUUGUUUGACAACAGAAAUGGUUGGAAAAAUUGAAUGAAAAGCAAUCAAAAUGCUACUUUAUGGAGUGUUUUUCCACCCCCCACCCCCCCAACUGUCCUUGGCCGGACUUCCACUGUCAAACAAUGUAAAAUGUAAUCUUUCGCCGUAGCUUUCCUUCAGAAAUUUGAUGUAUAUACCAUGUGUUGGGACAGUCUCAGGCAAAGACUUAGAAUUUAGUGUUUACCUUUUCGGUGACACGACUUCGAGGGAUGGUGGCAGCUUUUGGAAAGAGGUUGGCCCAUUGACCAAGGUGGCGUUCUUGUUUGUUGACUACCCUCGUGGCGCAGGCUGGCAUCGGUGCUUUGCCCUCUGUGGGUAGCCAUUUUUUCCCCCUCAAGUGAUGGUCUGUACUCCACUGAAGAACACGUCAAAUUUGCCACUGUAAAAAAAAAUCCUUUUUGUUUCGCAAAUUGUUUAAACCACGGUAGACACGCUUUAGGGUUUUUUUUCCCACUGCCAGUGUGUCCUGUGUGGUGUCUUGCAUUAAAAUAACUUUUGGCGUGACUUUGGA